AAAAUAAUAAAGAGCAAUGGAUUAAACAAACAAACCAAAACUUACGUUGGAGCAGCAUGGGCGUUUGCUAUAAAAUAAUAUAAGCAUCUCUACGGUCAUUUUUAAGGCCAACACCGUCUUACAUCCGCAGAACAUUAGAAAGAAUCUUGAAGUUUGAGGACCACAAUGAGAGUGAGGAGCCAGAGAUGCCUCCUACUGGUCAGCCUGCUGCAGCUACAGCUGCUGUCUAUGUGCCUGGCCACUCCACGCUACGUCAACGGCUUCUUCUACGACGACAAAGGAACCGGCAACGGAAAGCAUGAGAUUUAUUUCAAUGGCGUCCGUCUGCAUGUGGAGACAGAAGAGUCCAUGGUGCAUGGUCUCCGGGGGGGGAGUGUAGUGCUGCAAUGCCGGUACAGGUAUGAGCCUGCACUGAGCGCCCCCCGCAGGACCCGAGUGAAAUGGUACUGGCAGGCCGCCAACGGGCCAGUGAAGGAAGUCCUGGUGGCUCUCGGCUCGAAACAGCACAGCUUUGAGGACUUCAAAGGGCGCGUUCACCUGCAAGGCCACUCACCGGGAGACGUCUCCCUGGUCAUCAGAGGGCUGCAGCUGAACGACACGGGACGCUACCGCUGUGAGGUCAUCGACGGACUGGAGGACCAGAGUGUCACCAUCGACCUGGGCUUACGAGGAGUGGUGUUCCCAUACCAGCCUCCUGGGGGCCGUUAUCAGAUGAACUUCCACGACGCCCAGCGGGCUUGCGAGGAGCAGGACUCGGCCCUGGCCACGUUCGAGCAGCUGUUCGGGGCGUGGGAGACGGGGAUGGACUGGUGCAACGCCGGCUGGCUGGCGGACGGCACGGUGCAGUACCCCAUCAUCUCGCCGCGGGAGCUGUGCGGGGGCACGGACCUGGCCCCCGGCGUCCGCAGCUACGGCCCUCGCCACCGAGAGCUGCACCGCUACGACGCCUUCUGCUUCACCUCCUCUCUAUCAGGACGCGUGUACUUCCUGGAGUCCUCACACGGGUUCAGCUUCAGGCAGGCGCUGCAGGCAUGUGAGCAGGGCGGAGGGCGGAUGGCGAAGGUGGGCCAGCUGUACGCGUCCUGGGGGUUGACGGGAUUGGACCGCUGCGACGCAGGCUGGCUGGCCGACGGCAGCGUGCGCUACCCCAUCACCAAGCCCCGCGCCAACUGCGGCCCCCCGGAACCCGGGGUCCGCAGCUUUGGGUUCCCCUCCCAGAGUCAGAAACACGGAGUGUACUGCUACAAACCCUCCACUCGCCCACCUUGCUCUGCACACUGACCCCCCUACACUGCACACUGACCCCCCGACUCCCCCCCUACACUGCACACUGACCCCCCCGACUCCCCCCCUACA